CUCGGUCCUGCACUCCAAAGCCGUCGCUGGGACGGGCAUUUUGCUGUUAUGGGCUGAGAAUUGCCGCAGCGAGCCAAGAUCUUGCGGCAAGAACUUGCGAGUCAUGAAGACCCUCUGCGACGCGCCCUGUCCCGUCCACAGUGUUCCUGGCUCCUGAGUUCCAGCCGAUCUAUCGCGGGCACUGCAAUGAAGUGCAUUGACCCCAGGGCCUGGGCCUGGGACGUGGUUCGCGGAUCUGCAGAGACCCCCGGCCCCGUCACGCUCCGGAAGCGCAGCCGAGCCGGGCUAAUCCACUCUCGGCUUCCCGCCAUCGGAUCGGGUCCGCAAGACCAAUCGCAGCGCAUACUGACCUUUGAGUUGUCACCGCUGAUUGCAGGUCCAGGUGCACCUUCUGACAAGAAGGGGGAUGGCUGGGCUGGCGCCAGUCCGAGCUCGGCUUCCAGGAACGCCAGUUAGCGUUCCUCCGCGGCAGUCCGGCCGAUACCUCUGCAUGAUUCGAGCUACGUCAUGCUGAUGCUGAUCAAAUGAAGUUGGGACAAGCACACGGAGCAAAAGAGUAACUACACCCGAGCGGCUCACCGCUCCGCUGUCUCGGUCGCUGUUGUCUGGUAUUUGAACGUCCACGAUUCCUCAAGGAAGCAGAGAGUGUCUCCCACUGUCUCCGUCUUUUCUGUCCUGCUCAGUCGCGAGCUUGCCAGAGGCAUCUUUCCCGACCUCAGUCUCACCCCAAUAAACUCUCUACGACUGGCGCCUUUCCCUACCGGAGAUAUGUCCGGCAACAGCCCAUCCUUCCUCACCCUCCCCCUGGAGCUCCGCCUGGAGAUAUACACCCACCUCCUGGUCCUCCCGCCGCCUCCGCCACCCGAAACACUCACCACCAUCUAUCGCUGCUCCCACCCCUACACGGCCUCCUCCUCUUCCUCGCAACUCCCCGCUUCAGAUCCCGCCCGCUCCGAGUCCACGUCCGAGCCCGAACCGACCGUCCACCCGCAGAUCCUCCGCGUCAACCGCCAAAUCCACCACGAAGCCACCCCGCUCCUCUACACGCUCAACACCUUCCUCGCGCACCCGGCUGCCAUGACUGCCCUGCCCACUCUUUACUCUCACCACCACCAGCACCACCACCACCACCCGCACUCCGCACCACAAAGCAGAACCAGAAGCAAAACAAUCCCCAUCACCACCCCGCCGCGCCUGACCAACCUGAUCACGCGGUGGCACGUGCGGCUGCGGCUGGACGCGCCGCCGCCGCCGCAGGCGCCGUGGUGGGACCGCGCGGCGGUGGCGCGCGCCUUCACCGGCGCGGAGGCGCUCACGCUGGAGAUCGAGUGGGGCGCGGCGGUGCCCGGCGGGGCCGCGGCCGAGGUGCUGCGGGUGUUUGAGGGCGUGCGCGGGGUGCGGCGCGUGCGCAUCGCCGGGGCGGCCGGCAGCGGGCUGGAGGGGUAUGUUGCCUGGUUGAGGGCCCGGAUGAUGAUGAGGCCUGGGGGAAAUAAAGAAGCGGCGGUGGGAGUUCGCCAGGAGGGAAAGGGAAGGGGGUGGGGUGGGGAGACGGAUGGGGAAGGGUUAGGGUGGAAGGUGGACGGGGACGAAGAGCAGGACGGGGACGAGCUGAGGGAGGACGGGAACGGGAACUGGGACGGGGACGAGGACUGGGAUGAGGAGUAUGUGCCGGCGGAUGAAACGGAGAGGAAUAUGUUGAGGAGGUGGAUGUUGGAUUAUCCAUAAGGGACGGAGGUAGUAGAGACACAUCGAAGUGACGGAAAAUGUACAAAGUGAUGGUCACAGCGGGCAGAUAAACGGCGGGCGUAAUAUAGGCCUGCACCACAUCAAUGCACACUAG